AUGUCUUCGUCUCAGCUAUUCAUCUCUGACGAUCUCAUUGUCGAGGUCUUAUCUCUUCUUAAUGUCAAAUCUGUUGUUCGAUUCAGAUCUGUUAACAAGCAUUGGGAUACUCUCAUUUCCGAUCCUAUUUUUGUAAAACUGCAUCUCAAGAAAUCAACAAAACAAAAUCCUCACUUCUUACUCAUCAGUGAACAUAGAACAUUUAUCCCAGGUGAGUCACCCUAUGGCAGUGAUGAUGAAUGUGAGUAUGAAUGUGGUGUCAUUCCCUACUCUAUAAGCAGCUUACUCAAUAAUCCCUCGUUCGCACUUUCUGUGGACUCUUACUACUUGGUGCAACAUAAAGAAUGUUCUAAUAUGAUCGGUUCCUGUAAUGGAUUGACAUGUUUGGUUGGUGAAUCCAACAUCCGUGAGUAUAAAGAGUACUGGUUCUGGUUAUGGAACCCAGCCACCAGGACGACAUCGCCAAAAUUUGGAUUCUUAUGCUUAUUUUACAAUAGUUUCGUCUUCCCUUCCUCUUAUGAUGGCCAUUACAAUUUCUUCUUUGGUUAUGAUAAUUCAACUGACACUUAUAAGGCAGUGAUGUCAGAAUUCUAA